AUGUUGGCACCAGUAGUGACAGAUUGGAAUAUGACACCAUCAUUACCAUCUGAUGAAGAUAUUAUCGAAUUUUUGCGCAGUACCGAUUUUGAUGUUCGUUUGCAAACGUUAAGUAAUUUAACAGCAUGGGUGAAAAAUGAUCCGCAAUGGUUCUCGAAAUUUAUCAGAAAAAGUGAUUUAUUCAAGCAGUUCGAACGACUUUUAAUGGAUGAUCGUUGGGAGGCUUAA